AUGAUUGAAUGUUAGAUUACUAUUAAAAAAUAUUUUUUUAAGAUUUUUUGCGAGGAAUUAAAGUUUUAUUAAAAAUUCAUACAUUAAUUUACAAAAUUUAAUUUCAUAAAUAAAAAUAUAUUAGAUUAAUGUAAAGCAUUUUAUAAACUUCGAUAGAAAGAUAGAUAUUGGUUGAUCUUUUUUAAUUAGAAUAGCAAAAGCCUUAGAUUUAUUUAAUCUAGAUACUUUACAAUACUCCCUUAUAUUAUACAAAUAAUUAAGGAAAUAGACAAUACUAAACAUUUUUUGACAUAUUAUCUUAAAAUAAAAUUAGGUAAAAAUAUUUAUUUAAAUAAGAUAAAUAAACAAACUUGA